GUCCCUCCCCUUGCCGGCCAGCUCUGCUCCCCGCCGCCCCGCUGGGCUGGAGCUGCUGGGCAGCGCUCCGCGGGGCUGCGUGGGCGGCUCGCAGAGGUGGGAGCGGGGCGCGGACAGCCCUGCCCGCACCCCGGGCUGCACGCUGGGGCACCCAGAGCCCACUGCAGCACAAACCCCGACUGCUCAGAGAACCGGGAGGGACCGGGGACCCGCGGGCCCCUCCAGCCGUGCUGCCCCAGCCCUGCUCAGCUCCGUUCCAGUUUCGAUUCCCCGGCAAGGCUCCCUGUUCUGAAACGCUUUCCUGACGUCAGCUGUCACAGCGGAUUGGGGCAGAGACAAGGGCGGGACGGGUCCACUGUGCAAACCCAGACCUGGGAGGUGGCCAAAGGCACUAAAGAUCAGUACUUCAGGGACAUUUUUAGCUCCCUUUCUCGGGAAAUGCUGCACCAAGUGUCAGUGGAAAUCCAUCUCCCACCAUUUUCAUAACCAGCCUGUUUACACUUACUCUGAGGGAUGCCUUUUACCUACAGCACAUCACAACAGUCCCGUAACAGGCUCCCCUCUUUGAGCCAGUCUGCCCAUAGCAAAGCUCCAGCCAUGCUGGUGCCUCAGCCAAGGCUGCCACGGGGGUGACCAGAUGCAGAAAGGGUUAACGUGCACUUGCUGGCCUUUUUUCAGCAUACUCUAUUCUUCCCGAACCAGCUGUCUCCCCAACCACUCCCUUCCUGCUGAACCCAUCUCCUGCCAAGCCUUGGUCCUGAGCAGUGAACUCUUCUUCCCCCAGUCACCACCUGCAGAUAAUGUGGAGGCCUCGACCAGCUGCACUGGUGGCUGCUCCUUUUGCACUUGCUGAGAGCAACGUUUGGCACCACGAGCUGCAGGGGUGCAGCUGGCUGAGCUCCUGCACCAGCUGAACCAGAGAGUUGAGCCUCCACAAUACCUUAAGAGAAGAAACACUAACACCGCCACAGCUCACCUUUUACUGUGAUCCCGAUGAUGGUUACUGCUGUGAACGUCACUCUGAGCAGGUGUAUUUAACACAUUUCUCCUGCACUACGGAACAGGCUGUCCAUGCUGCCACCCAUCUCUGAACCACUGGAAUGGAGGCUGGGCACAGGAAGGAUGUCAUGACUCAGGGAGGACACCGCACUAACCACAAAACUUUCUGCUGGCUUGGGCAGUGAGUCAAACUGCUCCUUGGAAAUUCUGGGUUUUGUUCAUUAACAUCAGGAUUUCCUUCACCAAAGACAAUGGAUUACAAAAGAUUACCUGUGAGUGAAUGGGUUGAGGACCAUGUCAAAUGUUGGCUGGAAUCUACUGGAAUCAAGAAGGAGUAUGUAGAUAAACUACAUGAAGAAGAAGUGACAGGUCCAGCACUAAUGGAACUGGAUGAGUCUUUCCUCAAAGAUAUAGGAAUGAAGAAAGGCCAAAUCCAGAUUUUAAUCCACAAGAGAAAUGAACUUCUGCGGCUCCAGGACAAUGCACAGCAAGCUGAGGACUCCAGCAGCAAAAAACCCAACAGAACAGAUGCACAAAAAGGCCCAGCCAGAGACAGCAAUGCCCCUGCUCAGGGCACGGCGAGUGGAAGCAGCUCAGGUGCUGUGGGUACAACCAGCAGCGAGAACACAGCUCCUACUUCUGGCAAGAAGCAAAAAAGAAACAAGACAUCCCAGCUUCAAAGUGCUGAUGAAGUUUUAGACAUAAGAAACUGUCGGCCUUUUAGAAGUCAGGAUACUGAUUUCAGGUAUGUGAAAGACACAGUUCUUGCUCCAGAAUCAGGGGUCAGUGAUUUAAUCAUUCCUUGCCAUGAAUACAAAUCUUGUAACACUGCUGCAGAACUGAACAAACAUCAACUGCAAUCAAAAUUUGCCUCUGAAGUGAUACGAUUUGCUUCGGCUUGCAUGAACAUUCGAACAAAUGGCACCAUCCAUUUUGGUGUCAUGGACAGUGUUGAGGACAAGGGCUGGAAACACGGACAGAUCGUUGGCAUAAAGAUCAAAAACCGAGAAGACUUUGUUGAUGCACUGGAUUAUUAUAUAGAAAAGUGCUUCUGCAAUAAUUUACAAGAAAUUGCAAAGAAAUGUAUUCACCCACCUGUGUUUGUCGAAGUGAUUUCAAAAGACUCUCAGGAACAAAGAUUUGUAGUGGAGGUUGACAUUGAACCAACAUUCAGCUUGGUAAAGAACAAUUGUUUUGAAGUUUAUUUGCCAAAAUACAAUGAAGACAGUCAGAAGGUGACCCUGACCAAAGAACCAGCCCUCUACCAGAGAUUGGGAGCAAAGUCUGAAUCUGUGCAGCGCAACAAACUCACUGCUUUCAUUCAAGCCACGCCAGACAGGGAUGCUCAGAGAGAAAGAGCUGAGCUCUCCAGCACACAAGAAUCUACAGAAAUAGCUCAAGAUUUAGGAAGAAAGUUAUCAAUUCUAUUAAAUGAUGGCAAAACCUACAUGGAUGAUUCCCUACGGUACAUCCUUGUCACAAACAGAUGUGAACAGGAUAAUCUGAACUACAUCAACUUCUUAAUGCACUUGAACAUUUUCUGUGUCUUUGACUUUGAUGAACAUUCUAAUGUGUCAGGGCUGUAUAGCAAAUACAAAGAGCACCAUGAAACAAGUUCUUAUUUUUUACAGGAUUUUUUCAAAGAAAUUAAGACUGAUAAUUCUCCCUCUCAGAAACUGUUUGAUCAGACCAGCUGGAUAUUCUGCAAUGGGCGGAGUGACUUCCUUGGGGAUGAAGAGCCUUGUGAUGAGAAUAAGUGGAUUAGAACCAAAAAAAAAUACCUGAAGAAAGUAAUUACUUGUAUCUGUGAGGAAAUUCUGCCGGAGCGCUCUUUCAUUGUGCUUUUUCUAUUGCUAUCACCAGUGCAGAAACCACUUGUGGACACUUUUCAGGAAUUCUAUACAGAGAUGAAUGGCAUGGAGUACAUCAUCUGCAUUGCAGAAUCCAAAGAAAAUUACAGAAAGUGGGCCAGUCUAGCUCAGGAAUCCUGCAGCAUUGAGACACUAGAACAAUGCAGUAUUGUGGGUAUGAAGCUCAGUCAUGUAGAUGCCACCAUCAGAUCAAAGCUGCCUUCUACAGCCCAACCCAGACACCUGCCAACUUCCACUGGAGGUGUGUGUAUGUUUCCCUUGCGGGAAGAAGAGAAACUGUAUUCUCUAGAAAUCCUUUGUACUGACCAAUGUGAUGAUAUCAAAUAUAAUCUUUGGCCUGAAAAAGAAAAACAAGAAAUAGAACAAAAUUUUUACCGUGGGGGAAAAAUCAAGUGGGAAAACUUGUGGCUUGCUGAUAAGAAACUCUGUGGGGAUAUCAUUGAACGUGAAGCAUGCGCGGAGGCAAGCAAACUCUUGGAUGGCAUUUUACGAGGAAGUGGACGCAAUUAUUCUGUGGCUAAAUUAAAGAUAUUUCACCAUCCUGGAAGUGGCGGAAGCACAAUAGCACGGCAAAUUCUGUGGAAAAACAGAAAGCGUUUUAGAUGUGCUGUUAUCAAGACCUCAUAUUCACACUCAACUGUUUGUAAUCAUGUGCUUGCCCUUAGAGAUUAUGAAGAAAAGGAAAUCACUCACUGUUUUCCUGUGCUGCUCUUGCUCGAAGAUUACGAUGAUGAGUACUUUGAUGACCUACAGACUGACUUAAUGGAAGCUGUAGGAACCAGGAAAAUGAAUACCUCCAGGCCUUAUUUCAUCCUCAUAUGCUGUAGACGAUGCAAUGAUCCUGAAAGGCUUUGCAAGGCUUCACCCCUGGACACAGUUGCUGUGAGUCACAAACUGACAAAGUCAGAGAAAAGUCUCUUUAACACCAAACUUGUAAAACUGCAGCAGAAGUAUGAUGAGCCAGAAUUCAUACUUACAUUUGUGCUGAUGUGUGAGGAGUUCAAUAAAACGUACGUGUCUGAUAUGGUAGAGCACAUACUGCAAGGCAUUGACCCUUCCUCUCGUGACACCUGCUUGAUGCGUUACAUUGCCCUGCUCAACUGCUAUGUACCAAAUUCAUACAUUUCACUGUCACACUGUGAGGCUUUUCUGGGGCUGGGGGCAUAUACAGAGAGUAAAGCAAGAGCAUAUGAUUUCAAACAUCACCUGAGUGAACAAGUAAGAAUGAUUUUUAUUGAGCUAAGGGAAAGUACCUCUUAUAUUUCAUCUAUUCGGAUAAUACAUUGCCUGGUUGCAAAAGAAAUUCUGCAUCAGCUUUCAGGGAAUCAAUCACUAAGUCAACUUGCAACAACUCUUCUUCAGGAAAAGGUACUCUUUGAAAACAGAUUUGGACGAGAAGAAUUCAUAAAGUUUAUCAGACAUCUGUUUAUUCGACGCGAUAAAAGAAGCAGGGGUGACAAUACUGAUACUCUCUUCUCCCCAUUCAUUGAACAUGUCUGUGAAGCUGAAGACUGUGAAAAAGCCAUUGCUGUUUUAAAAGCUGCAUAUGAAGUCUUUGGAAAAGAUGCUUUUUUUGCCCAGCAGCUUGCCAGACUAAAUUACAUCAAUGAAAAAUUUGAAGAUGCUAAAUACUGGGCAGAGGUCGCAAAAGCACAUUUGCCAAGUGAUUCUUUUAUUUUGGAUACAGAAGGUCAAGUCUACAGGAAAUGGUUUAAUUUCACUGUGGAUAAAAUGACAGAGGACACCCCGGAAAGUAUCACUGAAAAGAUACUGAUUGCUCUUGAAGCUAUGAAAUGCUUCAGAGCUGCACAACAAGCAGCAAAGGAAGAACGUGAAAAUAUGAACAACGCUGGCUAUUUUGGAGAAGUAGAAGUAGGUUGUCGCCUUCUUCGAUUUUUGUCCACACUGCCUGUAUUCCACAGAAGUCCAGAAGGAGAACAUACUGAACUUGUGAAAUAUCUCACCACAAAUUACAUUCCUGAAGUCAUAAAAAAACCAUGGGAAAGGCUUCAUUCCCGCUUAAAAGGCUUGCAACAAAACCUGUACAAUGCCCUGGAAUGGAUUUCAGAAGAACUAAGUUAUUUCCAAACAGACAAAAACCAAGAGAAGGAUGAUGAAAAUGAUAAGGAAGAACAAAUUCAUAAUCCCAGAAAAUGGUUGAGAAGGCAGUCAGCAGUAUACGCUAAAUUCUUCAUCUCCGCAUCACUUGAUGAUGACAGCAACAAUGGUCCUGACACUCAGCUCAUGAGACGCAUGAGUAUUUAUGGGAGUGGUGGAGGAAAUGUCACCAAUAUUCUGUCAUUCUUAACAGAUAACAAAGAGAAGAGGUCAGCUGAAAAGCUAGAAAGGAUCCUUGAUUUCUAUCCAGAAAAGCCACUGAGGAACAGGCUGGAGGACAAUGAUUUAAUCAAUUUUAUUUUGUGCCACAUCACAUUAGCCUGCUUAGCACCAGGAUCAGCCAAACUCCUUCCACUGCCAGUUCUUCGUGAACUCAGUCUAAGAUUCAAAAUAAAAAGACCAUCAAGACCAUUUCCAUCAAGUGCCUAUUUUCUGCUCACCUUGCUGUACUGGCCAGAUGAGGUAUUAGACAAAGAGCCUAAUCCCGAGAAUGAUGAAAUUUUAACUUCAGCCCUUCAAACCCUGAAACGCUUAUAUGACAUCAAAAUGAAAAAUGUUUCUACCAGAAAGAAAAGAAUCUACACCCCUUUUUUUCUGGGAAAGGGUUAUGGCUUAAAUAAGAUAGUGCACAAAAAUAAAAUUGAAAAAUUAAUGGUGGGGUCCUUAGAUGAGAGGAGAAUGAAGUGGCUGCAUGGAACUGUAUGGAGUAUUUCCGAAAUUCGUGACAAGCUCAAAAGAGUUUCUGGCUGGACCAAGGACAGAAAUUUAUUUAUACGAGGUCACGUGAAGGAACUCCGUAUCUUGCCACUCCAUCAUGAAUCAGUGCCUGCUGGAAAUGAAAAUGUGACCUUUUAUUUAGGCUUUUCAUUUAAUGGUCUUGUUGCUUUCAAUAUUGAGGUUGAAAAGGAUCCCUGGGUAACUACCAGGCAACAAGAAUAUCAGAAUUAACAACUAUAAUAGCGACCAAGUAACUAAAAAAAUUGGAACUACGAGAGUGAACUUUGAGCCAGGCCUUCGAUAGUUUUGGAGUUCCAGAAAACAAGAUUUCAAACCAAAGACAGCAAUUGAUCCCUUUCUUCUUACCCCACAGAUUAGGAUUUUAAGUUAAUUUUUGCAUAGUCUUGAUCAGUAAAAUAAUUUGUCCAUUUCUUCCUGAAUCAGUAACAGAAAAAUGAACUCAUACCACAUACACUGCUCUCUGACAUGUACCAUGAAUGAAAUACCUAGAGACUGCAAAACCAGGGUCAGUAUGGAAGCAAUUUUAAAGCUGACUUCACAAUCACACUGAUAAAAAAACAGGUCUCAAAUUCUGCAUAAUCCUACAUUGCUUCUCUGUGUAAAUAUUUCCUUACUAGACAUAUCUGAAUCUGGGGUGGGGUGAAGGUAUGCGAGCGGAAUCAUAGGUGACAUAAAGAUGAUUUGUAAGAACUGUUGUGUUUAUAGUCCAAACAAUUCCUGUACUUGCUGCAAUUAGUUUGCAUUAUCAUCCAAGGAAUGCCACAGAAUACAGAACUGAAACUUUCCUAGAGCAUAUAUCCAUUAUUUGAAAAAUGCAAAAGAGGUUUUCAGGGCUGUGUUUGCAACCAUGAUGUCACAUUCAGCUUCUAAUAACAAAAAUAUGUGUUGUUGCAGUUUCACAUUGUUUGAUGUAACAUAUUGUGACUAAAAUUGCCAAAACUCUGUCAUAUAACUUGUUUUAAUCGAAUAAAUAUCUUUUAUGAGGGA